UCCCACCCGCGGCCGCCAGGGAACUCGCCCAGCCCCGGGUUCUGCUCGUUGCCACCGCCCGCGCUCGCGCUGCCUCGCGUCCCGGUCACCAGUCAGCACAGAAGUUCAGAAGACAAACACGCGCCCUUCCACAAUGUCCUAUAGACGAGAGCUGGAGAAAUACCGAGACCUGGAUGAAGAUGAAAUCCUGGGGUCCCUCACGGAGGAGGAGCUCAGGACGCUGGAAAAUGAGCUGGAUGAACUAGAUCCUGAUAAUGCACUGCUCCCCGCAGGCCUGAGGCAGAAGGAUCAGACCACCAAGGCGCCCACAGGCCCCUUUAAAAGAGAGGAGCUUUUGGAUCACUUGGAAAAGCAAGCAAAGGAAUUUAAAGACCGAGAAGACCUGGUUCCCUACACAGGGGAGAAACGAGGAAAGAUCUGGGUCCCUAAGCAGAAGCCAAUGGAUCCCGUGCUGGAGAGUGUGACACUGGAGCCAGAGCUGGAGGAAGCCUUAGCCAACGCCUCGGAUGCAGAACUGUGUGACAUUGCAGCUAUCCUGGGCAUGCACACGCUCAUGAGCAACCAGCAAUAUUACCAGGCCUUGGGCAGCAGCUCCAUUGUGAACAAGGAAGGUCUCAACAGUGUGAUUAAACCCACACAGUACAAGCCUGUGCCUGAUGAAGAACCAAAUUCAACAGAUGUAGAGGAAACACUGGAGCGGAUAAAGAACAAUGACCCAGAACUUGAAGAGGUUAAUCUCAACAAUAUCCGGAAUAUCCCCAUACCCACCCUCAAGGCGUAUGCGGAAGCCCUGAAAGAGAACUCCCACGUGAAGAAGUUCAGCAUCGUGGGGACCCGUAGCAAUGACCCUGUGGCGUUUGCUCUUGCUGAAAUGCUGAAGGUGAACAAGGUGUUGAAGACGCUGAAUGUGGAAUCCAACUUCAUUUCUGGAGCUGGGAUCCUGCGCCUGGUGGAAGCUCUCCCACACAACACUUCUCUGGUGGAACUGAAAAUCGAUAACCAGAGCCAGCCCUUGGGCAACAAAGUGGAAAUGGAGAUUGUGAACAUGUUGGAGAAAAACACAACGCUUCUCAAAUUUGGCUACCACUUUACCCAGCAGGGGCCCCGGCUGCGGGCAUCCAAUGCCAUGAUGAACAACAAUGACCUUGUGAGGAAGAGGAGGCUGGCAGACCUGACGGGACCCAUCAUUCCCAAGUGCCGUAGUGGUGUCUAGUGUGCAGAGGAAGCCCACGCCUGUGAACUGGACGUGUUCUACGGAUGAUCUGUGUUCCCCAGUGGAGACCAGGAGGCAAAUGCUGGCGUGGAACUCUUGUGGUUCAGUUUUUUGUGCACUAAGGUUUAGGUUAACUAGUGACUGUAGUUGGACCUUUUAUAAAAUAUGGUCAAUGUGAAGUUUUCUUUA